CAUAUUUUGUGAAUCUUAUAUAAAUAUAAGUUACAUCUUCGCAGAUCAUUUUGUCGAUGAUCUGGUCAAACAAUCAAUUGGGCGCGGCGUAUUACAACAUCCUCACGUCCGAAUUGUUCGUGAUGGAUGAUACUUAUGACGACGGUGUUCACUUUAACAUCGCGAAAACCCUGUACAAGCAAUGUCAGCCGCGCUACGUCAUCACGAUCUCCGGCACGUCCGACGAGUUCCUCACGGCAAUCGAGGCCCUGGUAAUGUCGGAAAUGUCGAGCGAUCGGAACAGGUCGGGAUUGAGCUCGGAGCCGCAGGUCUCACUGAGGGUGAUGCGGAAGAGGGAACACGGCUUCGACAGAUGUUAUCACAGAGUACGAUGUCUCAAGCUCCGGUCCGAGCCGGCGAACGCCAACAACGUCGAGAGGCUUAUCUUUCUGCAGGGCCUGUUGAACUUCAAAUCGAUCGUCAUGAUCCACGCGCUGGGUCUCCUCUUGAUCUACAUCGACCAGCAUUGGAAUAAUAUCGCAUUAGAUCCUUCCGGCAGGCCUGGCUUUGUGUCUCUGUCUAGCGUGACGUUACGUGACAUCGUCAUGAUAGAUGAUGACACUUACGAGGCGCUGAAUAUCGUGCAUGCCAGACAUCACCCGAGUCUUUUCAAGUGUGGCGAUGCAGCAGCGAAGAAGCAAAGUGGCAGCUUAUUCAUCCUUCUGAAUCGUUGCCAAUCGCGACCUGGAGCGCAAUUUUUAUGGCAUGUUAUCCUCUCGAAAACGUUGCGACAUCCCACUCGAAAUAUCGAGAUUCUUAACGAAAGAUUCGAAGUCAUCGAAUUCUGUUUGAAUCCGGAUAACCAUAGUAUCGUGGAAAAUCUAACGUCGUGUUUAAAACAUGUUUACCGCUUGACUAACGUCAUUCUGGAUCGAUAUUUAGCGCAGCAAGCUAAAGUUUCUGAUUGGCGACGAUUGCAUAAGACGGUUUCUUCUAUAAUUUACAUCGCCGAUGUAUGCGAGAAACACUGUAAGAAAGUAAGGCUGUUCCACAAAAUCGUCAGCAAUAUCACGAAUGAAGUACGUUAUAUCAAGUAUUUCAUUGAGUACAUAGUGGAUUUUGGUGUAAAAAGAUCCGAACAUGAUUUUAUCGUACGUGCAAAUGUGGAUUCGCAUUUAGACAAUCUACACCACGUAAGAAGCACUUUGCCCGAGACUCUGACACAGAUGGUAGAGAAAGACAUGAAAGAGUAUCUUCCGGCCUCGGUAAUAACCUGCAAAAUGGUGUACAUACCGAAUAUCGGAUAUCUCUUAGCGGUAACUGGAUGGAGCCCUUCACCGGCCGACAAUGUGGACAUGGAAAACCUAGAGUUCAAAUUCAUCAGCAACAACAUACGUUAUUAUAAGAGUCCCACCGCCAAAGAAUUGGAUGAAACUAUAGGAGAUAUACUACUAAGAAUAAAUAAGCGGGAAAGUUAUAUUAUGUUGAAGCUUGUAAAGUAUAUAAAUAAGCACGCUGCGUCGAUCUUCAACGCGAUUCAAUUGUGCGCCGAAUUAGACACAUUGCUGGCAUUUUACGUGGUUGCGCGAGAAUACAAUUACGUGAAACCGAACAUGGUGGACCGACAGAUCAUAGCGAUAGAGCAAGGCCGACAUCCCUUGCAGGAGUUUCUAACAACGUUUGUUCCGAAUGACACUUAUUCUGGAGACGAGAAGAGCCUCGUGAAAAUCUUAACCGGCCCGAAUGCCUCUGGCAAGAGCACUUAUCUCAAACAAGUCGCGCUGAUCGUGUUCAUGGCUCACAUUGGCUGCUUCGUGCCGGCAAAAUCAGCCACUAUAGGAAUAGUGACUCAUAUCCUGACUCAGAUGACGUCUGUAGACAGCAUUGCUCUAAAUACGAGCAUGUUUCUGCAAGAUAUGCGGCAGAUUAAUUCCGCUCUUUAUGCAUCUACACCAAACUCCAUCGUCAUUUUAGACGAAUUUGGAAACGGAACAUCCGAAGUGAGUGGCUUGUCACUGCUCGCGGCUGUAUUGAACAAUUUCGUCGAGCGAGCGGCCGACUGUCCGCACAUUUUCGUGGCCACGCACAUGCAUCGGGUGAUGAACACGUUACCGCAAAGCCCAAUAAUCGAACAACAAACUUUUGAAUUUGUUACAAACGAGGACGGCUCUGUGGCGUACCUUUAUAGUUUAACUCAUGGACACGUAGCACGCAGCUUCGCACAUUCUAAUUGUACUGUAAGAAUUCUAAAAAUAAGAAAAUUUUUGUAGGUAUAUGAAAAAUUUAAGGUCGGAGAGUUACCUUCACGUCUACCGGAAGCUAAUGGCCAAGAUGUGGCGGUGGACAUCAUCGAACGAUUACUAAAAUCAGACAAUUUCAAUCUGGAAGAGUUGAAAACGUUAGUUCGUCAAGUCACAGAAUCGCCAGCUGUAAAGAUAAACCACACGAAAAAUUAAAAUCGGAAA